AAAAACUAAAGCCAGUUUUACUCUUUGUCUCUCUUCUCAGGGGGAGGACUUUUUUUCUUUUUCUUUUCUAUUUUUAUUUGUAAAAAUGUCCAUUGCAAUGCAGAAGCAUCGGCAAAAGCCGUUGAACACUGCAACUGUUGUUAAUCGGUCAUUCAAAGGAAUCUCAUUAGCUUGGCUGCUUAUCUGUGCAAGUACCUUCUUGGGCAUGUACCUUUCUUUCUGUCUGCACUACCGCCUGCCUUCCCCUACAAACCAAUUUGGCUUUAGUCCAGAGACGAGUCUAUCUGAAUUUUCUGAAAAGAACGCAAUAGAGACCAUAUCCUAUUUGAGCGAAACCAUCGGUUACCGCAUUGUUGGCACAGUAGAAGAACAGCAGUCUUAUGACUAUAUCAAUCAUGUUAUCCAACAAUAUCAGCAUGAGGCAAAAGGAAUUCCCGGGUCUCCAAAGUUUGACAUUUGGUUCCAACAAGGCUCGAGUUCACAUCGAUUUGACAUUAUGGAUAAGAUGGUCCUGAAGGCAUAUACCAACGUGACAAACAUCGUCGUUCGUCUCUCCUGUCCUAUCAGUCCUGAACAUCCCGAGGAUCGUUCCUGUGAGAAUAAUGCAAUUUUGUUAAACGCGCAUUUUGAUACAACCCUAGGAUCGCCUGGAGCAACAGAUGAUGGUUCAGGUAUAGCUGUCAUGAUGGAACUCAUUCGGGUCUUGAGCAAGCGGGAUUGGUCAUCUCAUAAAAAUGCCGUUGUAUUCCUGUUUAAUGGAGCAGAAGAAUCUUUGCAAGAUGCAUCGCACGCUUUCAUUACUAUGCACGAGCUUCGAAACACAAUUCGCUCAGUUGUAAAUAUCGAUGCUUGUGGCACAACAGGUAGAGAGAUUUUAUUUCAGGCUAAUUCAAAGGAAAUGGUGGAAGCGUAUAGACAAGUGCCUUAUCCACAUGGCACCGUUAUGGCAAAUGAUGUGUUUCGUACUGGCUUGAUUCUAUCAGAUACAGAUUUUAGACAAUUUGUGCAAUAUGGAAACUUGACUGGUAUUGACAUGGCUAUUUAUAAAAACUCAUACUUGUACCAUACCCACCUUGAUAUCCCUCGAUACCUCGAACCUGGUGCCAUACAACAUCUUGGUGAAAACACAUUAGCCAUUGUGAAUUAUUUAGCACAGAAUGCUUCAUUAGAAGAUAUCAAGCCUUCAAGUGAAGUUGUCUUUUUUGAUUUCCAAGGCCUCUUCUUUUUCGUCUAUACUUGGGCAACCGCGUAUGCGCUUCAAAUGUUCACUGUUGUACUAGCUACUGCUUAUUUUGGAUAUAUCACCUUAAAGACACACCGAUCUUCUCCCUAUCGUUCUGUAUCCUCCAUUUUGAUUUCUUAUGCCAAGUCCACGACAUCUGUUUUUGCAAGUAUGAUCAGCGCUCUUUUAUUGCCUGUUACCGUGGCCCUCCUGAUCACCUCUGAUAUCUUUAACCGACACAUGGCAUGGUUUAAACACGAAUGGUAUGGCGCUCUCAUGUUCAGUCCUACUGGCCUUGUAGGAGCUUACGCUAUCCAGUACCUGUUCUAUCAACUACCUGGACCUGCUCACUUUGAUAUGGAAUACGGUACCUUUAACUCACUUAUGCUCUGUUUCGCUAUCUCCACCUUCCUCUCUACCUUGACAGGCGUCGCAAGCUCAUAUAUCUUUUGGCUCUACUGUCUUGUCUUACUUGUCGCCUGUGUGAUGAACGAAUGUCUACUUCGUCCGACACCCUCCAAGAUCUAUCUGCCUCAAGUAAGCCACGUCACCUAUUUCAUCACCAGCUUUGUCCUGGCUUUCCUUUAUGCAGACUACGCCUAUGCCCUGGUAGAUCUCUUUGUGCCCUUGACAGGUCGUAUGGGUGUAGAUACCCCCGUGGACGUGAUUGUUGCUGUUAUCUACGGUAUGAUCGUCUUUAUGAUAUCCAUUCCUUCGAUCGCACAUGUUCAUCGCUUUGGAAAGGCGGUGAUCAAGAAAAUGGUGAUCAUCUUACUCUUGUUCCAAACCGCUGUUUUGGCGGCUGUUUAUAUCGGUGGUGGUACUUUUGGCGACUGGGCUUUUCCUUAUGACGAAUUACACCCAAAGCGAUUGUUUAUUCAACAGCUGAAGAACUUAACCUCGGGCGAAAUCACUGUCGGUGUAGCUCAAGCAGAUCACGGUCCUUACAUUCAAACGGUUGUUGACACGCUUGAACAUAGACUUGGCGUAAAGGCAGAGACUCGUCGUGCACCUGAUCAUAUGAACGACUGGGACUCGAUCUAUCCGUUCAGCGCAUUCUUGGGAGGAUAUCGGUUCGAUGUGGAGCCUUAUAUCCGUUCGACAGGUAACUUUACCGAACAAUCCUUGGUGGAGGCCUUACCUGGCCCUUUCCCGGAGAUGAAGGUAUAUAACGAUACCUUUGAUCCUCAGACUGGCAUUCGCUCUUUCUCUAUUGUUUGCUAUGCGCCCACGUAUACCUGGACUGUGGUGGCCUUUGAUGGUCAUGUGGUUGAUUGGAGCAUUCAGGACGAAGAUCCUCUGCCAACGCCUUCCCAUUAUGUCGUUCGUCACGUCAGUGGAUAUGGAAAUGAUGGAUGGACCAUAGACUUGUCUUUCAAGGUGCCUGAAGAAGAAUAUGAACAAGCAUUAGAAAACAAAUGGAAAGUGCGUUUUGAAUUUACAGCAUUAGAAAAGGAAAGCUUUGCUGGGCGAGGCGAAGAGCGCUUGAUUGGUAACGUGGGCAUCAUGUCUGUGGUAAAGGAAGCAUUGCCUAUCUGGACCUCAACUACUUGGCUUAGUUCAGUUGUAAAGGUGUGGGAACUUUAGAUUUAAAGAAUAAAAAAUAUAUAUUUAUAUAUAUAUAAAAGGAUGCGUUUUUAUUUUUAUUUUUCCUAAGGACGUGUACCAACACCACCAGCACGGUCAUAGACAAGUUGGGCUACCUUGA